GUGGCAGGGAGAACAAGUUGCCUGCCUCGAAAAGCUUUUACUACUACAUAUGCUAUAAAUACUAAAUGGGCAUAUAAAGCAUUUGACACCGCCCACAACACCUCCCCUGUUCUCUUCUCUUCUCUUCUCUCCUCUUCUCUCAAUGGCUUCCUUUUCUCAGUUUUACUACCCUGAUAACUACGUGUGCUCUGAUGAAUUCACCACCCAGCUUCCAGCCGAUCACCUCAUCACAUCCUCCGCCAUCACUGCUCCUCAACUAACCUUACCUUUCUCCUCCGACAUGAAUGGAGCAUCAGUUAGUAGUAUGGUCCCUUUUGAUUCAGAUAUCAGCUGCUCCUCCACCCCCUCCUCCUCCUCCUCCUCCUCAUCCUUGUCGUCAAUAGCAGCAGCAUUAUCAUACCCAACAGCCGAACCGCUUGGGCCUUCGGAUACAACCCAUGACCCAGCAUUAGUAGGGCCCACUAGUUAUGCUACAUUAUCAGGCACCUUGUUUGGCAUUUCCGGAAACGAAGGUUUGAGCAGUGGUGCCGGCAAUUACUGCCACCAACAUGAUCGGGCAUAUGACUUUGGAGAUCAAGAAUGCGGCGCCCCGGCUUCCAACUUCUGGCCUCUCUAUCCGCGGGCCAUGACCUCCGACAAUUGGGAAAUUCAAGGCGGGGUAGCACAAAGGAUGGAAGAGGCGACAUUGAAGGUCUCCCGGUAUUCAGCUGAAGAGAGGAAAGACAGAAUUCUCAGAUACUUAAAGAAGAGAAGUCAAAGGAAUUUCAACAAGACUAUCAAGUAUGCCUGUCGCAAAACCCUAGCCGACAAGAGGGUCCGUGUUCGUGGAAGAUUUGCCAGGAAUAAUGAAUGUUGCGAAGAUGAUCAAACGCUAGUACUGGUGAAGACAGAUAGCAAUCUUCAACAAGCAGAUUCAUGCUACAACAUUCCUGCCGACGACCAGAUCAUGAAAUCCUAUGACGAGGAAUGGCUGCAGGAGGCUAUUGCCAGCCUUAUGUGUUAUCGUAUAGCGCCGGAUAAUGGACUGGAGCUUCCGGACAAGUACCUGAUGAACUAGCAUCUUUCUCCAAGCUGGGAAGCCGGCUGAUUCAUGCUAUUUAUUUUUGGUCCCCUCAUGGUAAAUCAUUGUAAUACUAAGAUAUUUGGCCCGUUCAUGAUUUUUUCUUGUUUCUGUGGCUUAAGCGCGCAAUUCGUUGUUCAUGGUUGAGAUCCAUAUAUAUCCGGCUACUGAGCUUAAUUAGCUGGACAACCAUACGUGUUGUGAUUGCUAAUUCGGAUGAAACAUGCUGCAGGAUACUUCCAA